AUGACUGAAGAAGGGAAUGAAACAAGUUUUGCCUUUAAUUCGCUAAUCAGAGAAUGUGAGGGUAGACAAUACAACCUGACUGAAAAUAAUCACCAGAAAUUAAUGGAAAAGAUUGAAGAUAUAAGGAAAAGAAACAACAGUGCCUUCCUUAGCAUCAAAGAGGAUGGAGCAGCAUUGAAACUUGACCAGUCACUGCCAUCCUUAAACCUGGUUCUAUAUGGGGGGAGAGGAUCAGGAAAGACCUCAGUAGCCAAGGCCAUUCUAGGUCAGACAGAUCUUCUUUCAGCCUCCAGCUCAUCAGAGUGUGUUAGAAACCAGGGAGAAAUGUGUGGACGUUGGGUUUCUGUGGUGGAAAUGCCUGCACUGAAUGGAAAACCUCAGCAGGAAAAGAUGAAGGAAUCAUUCAGGUGUAUCUCCCUCUGUGAACCUGAGGGUGUCCACGCCUUCAUCCUGGUCCUACCUGUGGGUCCCCUCACCGAUGAAGCACAGGAAGAGUUACAGACCAUACAGGACACAUUCAGCUCUAGAGUCAAUAACAACACAAUGAUUCUGUUCACUACAGAUUCAGAUCCAAAACAUCCAGAUGUGAUAAAGUGUCUUAAAAAAGAUAAGAACAUCAAGGAGCUCAUUAAGAGAUGUGGAAAAAGAUACCUUGUUGUCAACAGCAGUGACAGGAAGCAGUUCUCUAAAGUAAUAGAUUUUGUAGGGAAAAGGGAACAAAGCUGCUACACAUCAGGAAAUCUAUUUGAAGGCUACUUGGAUAAACUCCAACAAAAAGAGGAAAAAAUUGCCAGACUACAGAGCCAACUUUCCAAGCUGUUACCACAGACUGGGUUCAGAGAUGAAGACAAGUGGACUCGUGAGUGCAUCAGGAUUGUUCUGAUUGGAAAGACUGGGUCUGGGAAGAGCUCUUCAGGAAACACUAUUCUGGGUAGAGAAGAGUUUGAAGCCAGUAUAAGCUUUAAAUCAGUCACAAAGUGUAGUAAGAAAUCCCUGGGUGAGGUGGACGGCCGUCCUGUUGCUGUGGUGGACACUCCUGGUUUGUUUCAUUCCCUCUUUUCACACAACGAAAUACAAAAAGAAUUGUUUGAAUGCAUCAGCCUUUUGGCUCCAGGCCCCCACGUAUUCCUGGUGGUUUUACAAAUUGGAACAAGACUCACAGAGGAAGAGAAGGAGACAUUAGAACUUAUUAAAAGAAGUUUUGGAAUCAAUUCUGAAAAAUUUAUCAUCCUCCUUUUGACAAGAGGAGAUUUGCUAAAAGGUCAACAGUCCAUCGAGGAGUAUAUAGAAAAUGACUUAGAUGAUUCCUUUAAAAAGCUUAUUAAGGACUGUGAAGGAAGAUACCAUGUCUUUGACAACUGCGACAUCCAAAACCGCAAACAAGUAACAGAGCUGAUGAGAAAGAUUGACAACUUGGUGACUAAAAAUGGAUGCUUCACCAACGAGAUGCUGCAAGAGGCUGAAACAGCCAUACAGAAAAAAAUUCUGCAAAUUCGCAAGGAGACAGAAAAAGAAAAGCAAAGAGAAAAGGAGAAAUUAGAGGAAGGAUACCUCAAGGAGAAGGAUGAGAAUGAGAGAAAAAUUAGACCAAAAACUGAAAAGUAG